GAAAAUCGACGACGCGUUUCACUAUAUGCGGAAGGUGAUCAAGCGACACCAUCGUGAGAUCUCUGCUUCAGAGUUCAGAGGAAUUCGUUUUCUCUGAUCGGGAUCUGGAAGGAGGCGAAUCAACAUGGGUUUCUUGGUGACGACGCUAAUCUUCAUAGUGAUUGGGAUCAUCGCGUGCCUUUGCACCAGAAUUUGCUGCAACAGAGGGCCUUCUACCAAUCUAUUUCACCUAACUUUGGUUAUUACUGCUACAAUUUGCUGCUGGAUGAUGUGGGCGAUUGUAUAUCUGGCGCAGAUGAAACCACUCAUAGUACCUAUACUGAGUGAGGGAGAAUAAGUCUCUGCGUGGACUGAUGUAGCUCCUUGUAAGUUAGAGAAAAUGGAUCACGGAUUGGCUGCUGGAUAGAAUUUGAUUUUGCUCUCAUGAGUCGUUCAGUAUUUUUUAAGGGUGGAACUGUAUGUAUUUCUUGUUGGAUAAUGGCAUUUUAAGUUGGAUUUCUAUUGCUACGUGACAUUAGCCGUGUUACAAAUGUUGUAUUUAAUCCUCAUUCAUUUCAA